AUGGUCGAUUUACAACUGUUCACGCCGCUGAUUAGGUACUCUGAGGUAUUAUCAAGGAAAAGGGAGACAUUGACCAGAGGGAUACUGUAGACCGACCUGGAUAACACCCCUUUUUCAGCCGGAAGAGGGGGAGCCUCAAACGAUCCACCCGAAUAAGGAGCAACUUUCACGACGUCAUGCAAUCAUUCCGGACCAGCCAAACGAGAAUCAGGAGGCUUCUUCCCAGGGAUGUUGCUCCUCCGACAACGUCAUCAUCGUCCCGCACGUGCAGAUUUCUCCCAAUGAAAGCCACCUCUUCAAUCGAGCGAUUAGCUCAGGCGGCGGGCUUCUCGCAGGUCAGUCCCACUUUCCACUGCUUUUGUAACCACAGUUCCAGAUUCUAAUAAAAUCACGGCUCUCGGUAGGUGUUCGGGUCUGUCGUGUCAUGAUCUUUCCGUCAUUCUCAGUAGAUCUCUCGCGUGAACGGAACAUUCCACUAGCACAAACUGCCCACUUCUCUCCUUUUUGAAUCCUGCCCAUUAGCUCACUUUCUAUGUAGUCUAUUUCUCAUGCGAAACCGUUUUCAGAUUUGCAAAGAGCAACCAUCGCAUCACAGGCGUUCUAUGCCGAAGCUAGUGAACCACAAAAGAAUAGGUCUCCGUGGAUUCUGAAACGAUUGUACGAGUGGUCGGGACGAGCGAAACGGCGGGAGAUCAUAAAGCACGUGCAGGCGGCUCUUGAGACGUCCAAGGAUCACGAAAUAGAGGAUGACGAGUUGGAGAAGCUGCUGGUUAGUUGAAAUCGGAUACGAAAGUGGUCUAGUUUGGAGUUCCCACGUAGUUUGCAUUAGGAAAAGAAGAAGCUUGAACGUCGCUGACAGUCCUGUUUCAGCCGGUCUCCUUCGAGGAAAUGUUCAUGGGCGACGAGACGUCGGCGAUUCCGGCCACAAAGAACAAGUACCUUCAGGCGGUGUGGGAGCUCUUCCACACCGAACUCGUCUUUCUUUACCGCCAGCUCUUCGUGCUACGCGAUGUUUACAAGGAGCCGCUGAAGAGAUGUCAAGUCGAGGGCUGUCUGUUGCUCGUCGAGCCCGACCUCCUAUUCGGCAACCUCGAUCAGCUUUGCAGGUUUUUCAUUUCGCUGUUUUCCGUCGCAUUUUGUGACUUAUCGCAUUCAGAAUCUCCCGCACAUUCUGUCAAUCGUUUCUUUCGCUUCUGAAUACGGUAGACAAGCAGAACUGGGACUGCACGCAGCUGGUCGUCGACUUGUUCGAGAGGGUUGGUUCGCAUAACGAGCAUCAGUUUCCAGUACAAAUACAUUUUCAGUUCUCAAAGGGACCGUCCACAAUAUCUGCGUAUCAGGCGUAUUGCAUCAACUACAAGGCCACGAUGGAGUAUCUUGGAUCGAUCCGACAGAAAGAGGAACGGUUCACGGAGUUCGAGAGGAUAUGUCUGGCCGACGAACGAUGUUUCCGUCUCCAACUGGAAGAUCUUCUGAUCGCCCCUCUCCAAAGGAUAACCCGCCUUCCGAUCCUUCUUCGUGAAAUCCACAAGAGGUCGGCGGAUGAGGAGUGCAAGGGAAAGGUGGAGAAGGUGAUCGACACGAUGACCGAAUCGCUGCGUUCGAUCGACGACAGCGUCCAGUGGCUGCACAACUUCGAGAGACUUCAGCAGUUGCAAACGCAGGUCAUCUGGCCGAACAUUAGCGAAUUGGAACCGAAAUCGUACAUUCCUGAUGUAACCGUUCCCUUUUGUUUCCUUCAAGUCAUACCUUUUUCAGUUCCUCCGCGUUGCUCUUUCUCGCCAGUUUUGCGAGAACCUUCUGGCCCAUCCUCGCCGCAAACUGAUCCACGAGGGCCCGUUGGAGCUGGUAGAAAACGGGCGGACUGUGGACAUGUACGCGUUUUUGUUCAAUGAUAUGUUCGUGCUCACGAAGACAAAGAAGUGUGCAUCGAAGCUGAAAGUGGUUAGGAAUAGAGCGGAUGGAGGGGUGAAUGAGUUAAAUUGUUUCAGAAGGGGAUUCCGAUCGGGAAAUCAGAGCAUUUCAUAGUGCAAAGACAGCCAGUCCCACUCGAUUCAUGCGUGUUCUGUGAUGCGGAUUCCAACGAUCAGGCGACUCCGAGUGAGUGAAUCACUCCAUCCAGUCCGUUCAUCUCGCCUUCUUACAGUGUCUCUGAAGUUCGCAUUCGUGAUAAUUCAUCUGACGAGAUACUAUCAAGUGGUCGGAAUAUACACCCUUCAGGCGGCUGACAAGUCGGACAAGGAGCUAUGGAUCGAGAAGUUUCAGGAGUCGAUCGAGAACUACGAGUCGAUCCAACUGAAGGACAUGCUCAAGUGCACGCCCCUCUUCUCGAGUCUCAGCCUCCGAAGGUAUCCGAUUGCUUCCGAUCCUUCCGAAGCGCCCUUUUCAGAUGUUCGAGCUCGCGACUCAUGUCCAAACCGGACACCAAUUCUCCGCAAUUACCAAAAGAAAAAGAGAAGGAAAAGGAGGCAUGCUCGUCGUGCAAUUGA